AGCGCCAGAAGCGAGUGCAGGCGACGCACGCUCUAAUGGCGACCAUGCCGUGCAUGAUGCCGCGGACGACGUCAAGACAGACGAGGCCGACACUGUCAUUCACGAUGCGGCGCCCAAUGGCGACGCGGCGAAGCACGAGGCGGCAGAGCCCAUCGAGGAGGAUCUCAAGUCCGAGCCGGUCAAGGACGAACAGGCUGAAGAGGCUGCCGCGCCCGCUGAGGCCGAUGACUCUGACGAAUGGAUCGAGUUCGAGACUGUGAGUGCCUUGCGCGCGCGCGCGUGGGCGUUUGUGUUGCCAUGCUCACGCUGCUGCAGGUCGCGGUGACUGGCGCUGAGUGGACGGCCAUCAGCACGCGCUGGCAGCGCUCCAAGCACCCGGACGAGCGCGCGCUGCACGACUUGCUGCGCAGCACGGUGCUGCCAAAGGUGAUGGCCGACAUCGCGGAAGCGGAGCGGCAACGCGCUCUCGAGGCGGCACUGGCGAGCCGCAAGCGCAGCAGCCGCAUUGCGCUAAAGGAGAGCGAGCGCGAGGAGCGCGAGCGCGAUCGCUUGGCACGAGAGGCGAUGGAGGAGCGCAUGGCGAAGCUGCGCGCGGAAGAACAGAUGGAAGAGGAACGUGCACGCGAAGCAAAGGAGGCGCAUCGCACGCGCGAGGAGCGCGCACGGGAGCGCGAGGACCGCAUCUACGCGCGCGAGCGCGAGGCGAUGGAGAAGGCGCAGCGCGAGGCGGAUGCGCGCGAGGAGCGCGAACGACUGCGCGAGGAGCGCAAGCGGCGGCGCGACGAGAUCAUUGCCAACGGCGGCGUGGCGCCGGAAGAGGACGAAGCGGCGGAGGAGGCCGCGGCCACCUCAAGCACCACUGCGGACGCCGAGCCACUGCCAGGCGGCACCGACGACGACUGGGAUCUGGCGUGCGAGGUGUGCGGCGCAGCCGGCCACAACCCGGACGACCAGAGCGAGAUCGUCUGCUGCGAGUCGUGCGGCGUGUGGCAGCACACGGAGUGCUGGAAUGCGUUCGACCGCUCCGUGCGCCGCAAGCCGCGCGACUGGGAGAACAUCGACUUCUACUGCUCCAAGUGUCGCCCGCCGAGAGCGGACGAGCCGUGGCCAGGACGGGCGACGGCCAAGAGCAACGACUCGCCCCGCCAGCGCAUCCGCGUCAAGCCGCUCGAGCCAGAGCAUGUGUCGUCGCAGUCUUCGAGCGCUGCCAGUGCACCGCAGUCUGGCGCACAGGCCGUCUCUGGGCCAAGUGUGCCCUCUGCACCGCCGACGCAGCAGCCGCCUCCCACGACCGCUGCGCCAAAAGCAGCGCCGGCUGCGACGCCUGCGCCUCAGGCCGCAGCCGAGCCCGCGGGCUUGAGCGCGCUCGACGCGCUCGCCUUCGCAGCCAACGGACGCAGUCAUCUUGCUGCUUCGCCGCCGAAAGCAAGCCUUGCGGGCCCUGCUCCCGUCGCUGCGCCUGCCUCGGCUUCUGCCAGCGGAGCGCCGAGAGCAGCGCAGCCAGCCGCCGCUAUCAGCGGUGCUCCGCGACCGGCCGCCAGCAGCGCCCCUUCCGCCGCACCGCUCGCACCAAGCACCUCCUCUGCCGCACCGCGCACGCCGACGCCCAACGGCGCGCACGUAGCCGCCUCUCCGCCCGUCUCUCCCGCGCCUUCGGCGCGCAGCGGCAGUGCCUCGCACACCAGUCCCUCGUCGCUGCUGCCCACGCGCGUCGGAGCACCGAGUGGCUCGUUCCCCAUCCGCCGCGACGCGCCCGCACGCUCGCCGCUUUCGGGUCCGCACAUCUCGAGCAGCGGCAAUGUGCCUAGCAUGUCUCUCGGUCCUGCUGCGCGCGCCACAAGUCCGACGCCCAGCGGGGGUGCGCGAGGCACGUCGCUGGCGCCCUCGCCUGCUCCUGCGUCGGGCAGCUCGAGCGCUGCAGCAGCAGCAGCUUCGCCGCAGCCUGCGCCGCUGGCGCAAAGCCGGCCGCCGCAGAGCAGCGCCGCGAGCGCAGAGAACAUGGCGCGCCGCCUCUCCUCGUCGUUCGGACCCAGUCCGCCGCGCGAAGCCUUCGGCUCGCCUGCUGCUGCAGCGGCACGCAGUGGAGCGCCGCAGGGCGCCAAGCCGUCGCCGCCGGUGGCACAGCCUUGCGCACCCGCGGCAGCAAAGGUCGUCGACGCUCCUUUUGCGCCAGCGCCGAUGCAGCAAGCUCCGCCGCCGCCGCCGCAGCAGCAGCAGCAGCAGCAGCAGCAGCAGCAGCAGCAGGCCGCGUCGCUUACGAACGGCGCAAGACCGCCGGCGGCCAGUGGCGCGCCCAUGCUGCCGCCCACGCAGACGUCUACGCUGGCGCAGCAGGCUCAAGCUCAGGCUCAAGCUCAGGCCCAGGCCCAGGCUCAGGCCCAGGCUCAGGCUCAGGCUCAGGCUCAGGCUCAGGCGCAGGCGCAACAGCAGCAGCCGCAGCCGCAAGCGCAGCCGAACGCUCCCACUCCCGGCCCCUCUCCCUCUCCCGCUGCUGUGACGGCGGCGGCGGCAGCGGCAGAGCAGGGCUUGGGCUCGAGUUCGAGCUAGAUGCUCCCUCUCUUCCCCCCGCCUUCCCCCCCCCC